AUGUCUUUCCGUUUAAAUCCUCGAUUUUUAACUCAUAAUCAUCGUUUUAUAAUCUAUUGUCUAUUAUCAUUAUUAAUAUUUCAACCAAUAUUAUUUCUCAUUUAUCUUUCAUUGAUUACACCACUGUCAUCUGUUGAACAUUGUCGAACAAAUAAUGUUAGAAUAAAUACAAAUAGUUUAUCAGAUCAAUUACAUAGUCAAAAUUUAAAUACUGAUCAACAUCAUAUUUCAGCAAAUACAAGUGAUAUAUCAAAUAUUUUACAAUUCAGUCCACGUAUAUUGUGCUGGAUACCAACAACACAUGAAAGAUUAGAUAGAGCACUUGUUAUACAUGAAACAUGGGGAAAACGUUGUGAUCGUACAAUAUUUAUAAUUGGUCGUCACCGUGCAGCAAAACCAUUAAAUCGUACCAUUUAUCCAUUUUCAGUUGCUUAUAUUGGAGAUGAAAAAAUAGAAAAAUACAAUCGAUUAAGUGAAAAAGUGUUACUUUCAUUAUUGUAUCUAUACAAACGUUAUAUUAAUGAAUUUGAUUGGUUUUUAAAAGCGGAUGAUGAUACGUACGUAAUUAUUGAAAAUUUACGACAUUUUCUUCGACGAAAAUUAUCAAAUUCAACCGGCUAUUUUGGUUUUGUAGCCAAAACUCGUGACCGUCCGUAUCCGUCAGGUGGUGCCGGUUAUGUAUUGAGUCAAACAACACUAUUAAAAUUAGGUGAACAAAUAUUGACAAAACCAGACAAACGUAAAUUAUGUCGUGAUAAUGAAGCAGAAGAUGUUAAUUUAGCUUAUUGUUUAGCUCGUAUAAAUAUAUCUGUAGCAAAUACGCGAGAUCAAAAUCAAUUAGAAACAUUUCAUCCCAUGACAUUUGAAGAACAUUUUUUAGGAAAAUUUUCACGUUGGGUUGAAACUUAUUCACAAUUUGAUCAAAAAAAAGGAGAAAAAUGUUGUAGUAAUUUUACAAUUUCAUUUCAUGGAAUGGUACCACGUGCUAUGAAAUUAUUGCACUUUCUGUUGUAUAAUAUACAAAUUGCACAAAUUUAA